AUGGCUGCAUGUGAGGCCCUGGAGAAGGUGAAGUUCACUCUCCUUCUGUUUUAUCUAUGGGUGUUUUUGUUCCUGUCUACAUGGACCCAGAUUGGACAUGCUCAAUUUUAUAGCCCUCCAGAAGUGGUGAUUCCUUUAAGGGUCACUGACACGGGUGGAGACAUAAAGACUGCAGAAUGGAUCACUUAUGAAAUGAACUUUGCCGGCAAGAAACACACUGUGCGCAUAAAGAAUAGCAAGUACGUUGUCUCCAGAGACUUCUCUGUGUUCACCUACAGUAACAAAGGUGAACUGCUUCAGGAUCAUCCUUUUGUUCAGAGUGACUGCUACUACCGUGGUUAUGUAGAUCAAGACCCAAAAUCCCUGGUAACUCUGAGCACUUGUUUGGGAGGCUUUCAUGGAAUGCUGAGCAUCAAUAACAUUGUUUAUGAAAUCAAGCCCAAAAAUCUUUCAACCACAUUUGAACAUCUGCUAUACACCAUGAAUGUCAAAGAGACACAAUCCCAACCCACAAAGUGUGGACUCACAGAAAAAAAAGCACCACCAUACAGAAAGUUUCAAAGGAAGAAUAAUACCACUUUAAUGCAAAGUUCUUACUUGGGAUGGUGGAUCCACAGGUGGUUUCUUGAACUGGCAAUUGUGGUCGAUCAUGAACGGUUUGUUUUUUGUGGAAGUAAUGUCUCAACAGUAGAGAUGGAGGUAGUCUUGGGUGUCGGUGUAGUAGAUGAACUUUACAAUGUUAUGGAUGUCGACAUGGUUCUUGUUGCAAUUGAGGUCUGGAAUACCAAAAACCCCAUUGGAAAUAAUAGCCCAUAUAGCAUGAUGGUGGAAUUUUGCUUGUGGAAGGAAAUCAGCUUCAAUUCUCGUGUAGCUCACGAUGCUGCACAUAUUAUUGUAAAACAACCUUUUUGUGACAAACGUUCUACCUAUUCUUAUUUUGCUGGAGUGUGCAGUUACCAAGAUAACUGUGGAUUAGAAUGUGUGGUGGAGGAUGGAUUUGUAUGGUUAAGUGUACGUUUGUCACAUGAGCUUGGUCAUACUUUAGGGAUAUUUGAUGAUGAAGAAAGCUGUACAUGUGAGCAAGAACUGUGCAUCAUGAAUGAACAUAUAUUGCCAGCAGAUUCAUUCAGCAACUGCAGUUAUGGUCAUUUUUUUCAAACCGUAGCCACAAAGAAAUGCUUGUACAAUUCACCAAACCCAGAGCACACCGUCACAAUAAAACUGUGUGGAAAUGGCGUGGUUGAAGAUGAUGAAGAAUGUGAUUGUGGCUCUCUAAAAACAUGUGUAACCGAUCCCUGUUGCUUUGAAAAUUGCACUCUGAAAGCAGGGGCUAAGUGUGCUUUUGGACUUUGUUGUAGCAACUGCCGGUUUCUGCCACUAGGCCAAGUGUGCAGAGCACAGAAUGGGGUGUGUGACCUACCGGAGUGGUGCAAUGGAUCUUCGAAUAUGUGUCCAGAAGAUGUGUAUGUGGAGGAUGGACUCUCGUGCCUGGACAAAGGAAUCUGUUAUAAGAAAAGGUGCAGCGACCGUGAGAGUCACUGUAAGCACCUCUUUGGUGAGAGUGCCAAAAGUGCAAAUCACUCUUGCUACUUGGCAGUAAACACUCAAGGUAACCGUUUUGGUCACUGUGGUUUCGAAGACACUAAAUAUAAAAGCUGUGACCCUGCAGAUGUUUUGUGUGGUCGAAUCCAGUGUGAAAGUGUAACAGAAACUCCUCUUUUGGGAGAUCAUAACACUGCGUAUGCCUUUCCUAUCGGUAAUACCACUUGCUGGGGUACUGACUACCAUUUUGGAAUGACCAUCCCUGAUAUUGGUGAAGUAAAAGAUGGGACAGAGUGUGGCUUGGGACUUAUGUGCAUGAACAAGAAAUGCGUCCCUUUCCCAGUGUGGGAAGAAGCUUGCUUGGUGGAUACUUGCAAUAGAAGAGGGGUCUGUAAUAACAAACAUCACUGCCAUUGCGACCCUGGCUGGGCGCCACCCAACUGCCUAGAACACGGCCAUGGAGGUAGCAUUGAUAGCGGCCCACCACCAAGAAGAUGGUACUGGUACGUUUUCCAGGUUUUAUUGAUCUGGAUUUGCGUUUUGCUUUUGUGUACCCUUUGUGCACUUUGCCUUUUGGCCCUACUACGUAGAAGAUCUGAGAAAGAGGAAGAGGAAAGAAAAGAGGAACCAGUAUCAUCCGUUUCCGCAGUAUCUGCGGCAUCCGCAGCAUCCGCGGCGUCCGCAGCAUCUGCAGCAUCCGUAGCAUCCGCAGGUGCCUCAAAGGCAAAAACUCCCCUUAAGACAGAGUCAAAGGUUAAAGCCUCGCCCUCGCGUGAGACACAGAAAGGUGGAAGCGUAUCCAGGGGGCAGAGCAGAACGUCAGUACAACGAAAGUGA